UAACCGUAUGUUUUAUUUUUUGGCUAGAAGUACGACAUUCACGUAUUUCGUCUUUUCUUUACAUAAAUGAUUUUUUUUUUUAAUAUGUACAUUUGCAUAGGGCUUAUUCACCAUUUUUAAAAUUUACAGUGUUUUGCUGGUAUCGACCAUGGCAAUGUAAACUUUGUAAAUAGCAGAUCCAAUUGGAAUAAAAAAUUUAAAAUCAUCAAUAAUCUCUUUAGAAUUUAGUGAAAAACACCAAUUGUAAUUUUUUAUUAAAAAUAGAUUUUAGUUUAAACACAAACGUUAGCAGCACUGUACGCUAAAUUCAAAAUAGCUAAAAAGGAAAAGAAACAAACAGGAAAAUAAAGAUACAAUGCUGUUCUUAUGGAAUCUUAUGGCCAUAUUUUUUUGCAAAGCGUCUACGGUUAAAGGAGACAUCCUACGAUUGUAUGCUUGCAACAAACUUUAUGGUCUCUUUGAUGCAGUAUAUGAAAAUGUUUUGCUUUCAAACACAACAUAUUCAUUGGUUGAGAAUAUCGAUCUUAAUCACUGCUCAAUCACAUGCAUGCAAUAUCCAAAGUGCAAAUCAUUCAGCUACAUGUUUGAUCAUUCAAAAUGCCGAAUACACCAUUCCACUAGCGCUGACAACGGAACUGUUCUGCAGAAGACCAUUGGAUGGAUACAUUAUGAAACUAACAAUAAUGAACAAAAUUUGGGUCGUGUCUGUAAAGAAAGAAAUCCAUGCAGAUAUGGAAGAUGCGUGGAUACCUGUGAUUCGAAAGGAUAUAGAUGUCACUCCAAAGGUGAAUGGAUUGUUUUACAACGCAAUGUCUGCUUUGGAGCAAAGGCGGGCGAAUUUGGGACAUUUGAAAUACCCCACAAUGGAAUUAUGACUGGAAUAAAAUUGGUACAUGUUGGUGGAAUCGGUGUAACAUGCGGUGCCAUUGCAUUAACAAAGUGGGGAUGUGAUUUUGGUAGCCCUCCUUUCACCGUGGAAAAUAUUGGCGUUGUUAUAACAGAUGAUCAAAACAAAAAACUUUACCCCUCUAUGGAAUAUGAUAAGGGAAAUGGUUUCUCUUUCAUACCAGGAUACGGCGCCAACUCUCCAUACGUGGUUUUCAAUGCACCAAAUCACGCUGUUCAUAAAAGACAGGAGAUAAGAUUACAUUAUGGCGAAGCUUUGUUUGGUACCAACCUCGAUAACAACAGUGGUAGAUCUUGCGCAGAUAUCUAUGCAAAACUAAGCGACGAAUAAACACUUAAGCAGAUAUUUAACCUCGUCCCCAGGGCGUCUUGUAUCUUUUCUGACCCCGGGACGCCGAUACGAACAUGAACCUGGAGGAAGCCUCGUCACGUGACCCUCCAAUACACAGUUUUUCUGUGUGUAAUAUUUAAUGAGAUUAGUCUCAAUUAGCCAAAGUUUUAUAUACAACCUUGCAGAGCUAAGCGAGCUCGGCGAUUUACGUAACAGAUACGUGCGGCGAGUUUGUUUUGAUUCCUCUCAUACGCAACACACAAACUGCUCGCAUAUUGCCCUUGAUUGUUUUCUAAAUGUAUAAAUAUACCAUCAUGUUAUUUAGGCUGCUGUUUACUUGAAGAAAUUCAAGCAAUUUAGUUAUCUGUAUUUUACUGAAUUGACUGGCUAGCAAGCCUUGGUUUGCAAAACUUGUAGCUAGUAGGCAAAACUUGGAAAUUGGUAAUGAUUACCCCACCUGACCAUAGCACUUCGUUGGUUUUCUAAGGUGCAAGUAUAGCUACAUAAUUUUCAAAUGGACGUGUCAUUUUAGGUGCCUGACUGAAAGUAGGUAGGCAGGAAUUUAACUUCAUUUUAACAUUUACAUUUUUUAUUCAUUUUGACUGAACUUUAGAAUAUUCAUCUACUGUAAGUUUAUAUCUGUGUCUGCAUUACUGCUUUUAUAUGAUGACUAAAAUUUUGCUGUAUGAAUCCCAAAGUUGCUUUUUUAUUUUUUUUUACACAAAAUUUAUUUAAACAAUAGUUAACUGAAACUAAAUUCGUAUAUUAUAUUGGGUGAAAAAGGCUUUAAAGCUUUGCUUUUACAUUUUGUGGCCUCAACAUUUCUAAAAAACCACCUAUUACUUAUAAAUUCUGCCUUCACUUUUCCAAAUGACAUGUUUUUAAAACGCCUUACAGAUAUACAAAAACAAGGUUUUUUUGUUUAAAACAUAAAUAAUCCACAAAUUUUAUCAAAAAGCAUUAUGCUGGUUUGAAAAUUAAAAUCGACAAGUCCACAUGUGAUCUGUUUUGUCGAUUCAAUAUAUAUUACUGUUUUAAAGGUUACCUCCCGCGAAAAAUAAAGUUAAUUGCAUAUGAAAGAACUUGAAAAGUUGUCUACGAAUUCGAACUAAAUUUUUCGUUUACUGGCAUAAUUCUAGGUUGGAUCUUAUCUGACCCAUUUCUGAGGUUAUAAUAGUUUUUAAAAUUUUCUGAACCUGUACCUUAAUCAAAAUUGAUAUGCUGUUAAAAACGGCUUUUGGGCGUCUCUGAAAAGGGGCUAAAUUCUGAAACUUAGAAAGUAUGACAAUAAUAGAACUAUUUUUGGCUCAAUUUCACCAAACCAAUCUGAAACCAUAUCAUACCCAAUAUUUUAGUUUUUACCGAAGUUAUGGGAUGUUAUACAUAAACUAUAUACUCGGUUUAGACUUUUUUGUUCUUUUUUUAUGUUCAUUGCUUUAUAAUUAGUGUUGAAACUCUUGAGAUAAUAUAUCACAGUGGUGAGCUGUUCAAUAUCUACCACUAUCUUCAGUACAUCCUGGAUUUAACCAUACCGUAAUGAUCCGAUUAAGCCCCCAGUACUUAUUAAGCGCCCCCCUCGAAUAAGCUGAUAAAAGGGGGCGCUGAAUCAAAAACUACCUUGAGAAACUGGGUGCCAAUUUGUCUUUAUUUAUGUAUUUAAUUCUUGACAUUUGGACAUCAUAUUUAUUAAAAUAUAAAUAAAUAUAAGUAUUAUUUCUUUCAUCAUCAUCCUCAUGAGCGCAUAAAUUAGAUAACAAGACAUAAAUUAAUUCAGUGGUGUAAUGCAUUAGAAGGGUUACACCUUUUAAUAGGCAAUAAAUGGAGCAUUUUAACUCAUAAUUGUGAAAAUUUUGUAUCUACAAUAAACACACAGCGUGUCCAGCUUUUCAUAGCUAGAUAAAAAAAGUGUGACUAUCUACCCGGUGUACCCAAGCAAUAUUUGUGCUAUUUGAAAAUCUUUAGUUCUUCCAAUAAUUUGAACCAACAGCUAGUGUGAGUUUAAAUGUAUCUAUUACGUUCAAAAAAAUUAAAUUAUAGUCGUUGGCCCGCAGAUAAUUCUACGGGUUCACCCGUUCUUUAUUUACCGCAUUUUGUGUGUCUCGCUACUGUGGUUACCAUUUUACGUGACAGACAGACGUAUGGUGAUAUAGACUAGCUCACCUCAAUACGCCGGUGUUAAGCCACAAGCAGUUUAGUACGGUAUACCGAGUGAAGCGGACCCACCAUUACAGGUUUCGGGUGUAACAUAUUUUUUAAAAAAAUAACUGUCUCGCAACUCUAGCUGAAAAAAAGCCCACAGUUUACAACCUGUUGUUACCCCAUCAUGCGAAAAAAAAUUCUUUUACAGAAUGAGUUCCAGCGAAAAUUCAAAACUUAAUCGUUAUAGCGGGCUGACUUCUCAGUAUACACAGAUAAACCGUGUUGCCCAGCUUUAAGAUGUAUUACUUUUUCCCAAAAAACUUUAUCACAACUUCGG